AUGUUAAGCAACCUUCUACUGUGGUCUCUUCAGCUUAGUCUUCUAGGAACUGCUCUUGGUGGGAAUGUUCUGAUUUGGCCAAUGGAAGGCAGUCACUGGCUAAAUGUUAAGAUAAUCAUAGAUGAGUUAAUUAGAAAGGAGCAUAAUGUGACUGUGCUAAUGGCCUCUGGUGCACUUUUCAUCACACCGACCAUUAGCCCAUCGCUGACCUUUGAAAUAUAUAAAGUACCAUUUGACAAAGAGAGAAUAGAAGGAGUGAUCAAGGAUUUCGUUCUGACAUGGCUGGAACACAGACCAUCUCCUUCAACAAUCUGGAGAUUCUAUCAUGAAAUGGCCAAAGUCAUCAAGGAAUUUCACAUGGUGUCCAGAGAGAUCUGUGAUGGUGUCCUGAAAAACCAAAAGCUGAUGGAAAAGAUGAAGAAAAGCAAGUUUGAAGUCCUAUUGUCAGAUCCAGUCUUUCCUUGCGGUGACAUAGUUGCUUUAAAGCUAGGAAUUCCGUUCAUAUAUUCCCUAAGAUUCUCUCCAGCCUCAACAGUGGAAAAGCACUGUGGAAAAGUCCCAUUUCCUCCCUCUUACGUUCCUGCUGUCUUAUCAGAACUCACAGAUCAAAUGUCUUUCACUGACAGAGUGAGAAAUUUCAUCUCCUAUCGUCUACAGGACUACAUGUUUGAAGUACUUUGGAAAUCAUGGGAUUCCUACUAUAGUCAAGCUUUAGAUGGCAGUCAUUGGUUAAAUAUCAAGAACAUUGUGGAAGAAUUAAUCCAAAGAAAUCACAGUGUGACAGUUCUGGCUUCCUCAACAACACUCUUCAUCAACUCCAAUCCAGACUCUUCCGUGACUUUUGAAGUGAUACCUGUUUCCUACAACUUGAGCAAACUAGAUUCCUUGAUUGAACACAUGAUAAUGCUGUGGUUGGAGCAUAGACCAACUCCUCUCACGAUAUGGACUUUCUACAAAGAGCUAGGAAAACUCUUACACACUUUCUUUCAAAUUAAUAUACAAAUCUGUGAAGGUGUAUUAAACAAUGCUCAGUUAUUGGCAAGGCUUCAGAAAAAUGCUUUUGAUGUGCUGAUAGCAGACCCAGUAACAAUCUGUGGUGACCUGGUAGCUCUGAAGUUAGGAAUUCCUUUUAUAUACACGUUGAGGUUCUCUCCAGCUGCAACAGUGGAGAGACACUGUGGGAAGAUCCCAGCACCAGUCUCCUACGUGCCUGCAGCCUUGUCAGAGCUCACUGACCAGAUGACCUUUGGCGAGAGGGUUAAAAAUACCAUAUCUUAUUCUCUGCAAGACUACAUAUUUCAGUCCUACUGGGGAGAAUGGAAUUCAUACUACAGCAAAGUUCUAGGAAGACCCACCACACUGUGUGAGACUAUGGGGAAAGCUGAAAUUUGGCUAAUGAGGACAUAUUGGGAUUUUGAAUUUCCUCGUCCAUACUUACCUAAUUUUGAGUUUGUUGGAGGAUUGCAUUGCAAACCGGCCAAACCUUUACCUGAGGAAAUGGAAGAGUUUGUCCAGAGUUCAGGUGAAGAUGGUAUUGUGGUGUUUUCUCUGGGUUCAAUGGUCAAAAAUAUCUCAGAUGAAAAGGCCAAUCUGAUUGCCUCAGCCCUGGCCCAGAUUCCACAAAAGGUCUUAUGGCGAUACAAGGGAAAAACACCGGACACACUAGGACCCAACACUCGGCUGUAUGAUUGGAUACCGCAGAAUGAUCUUCUUGGUCAUCCCAAAACCAAAGCUUUCAUCACUCAUGGUGGAACUAAUGGAAUCUAUGAGGCAAUUUACCACGGGGUCCCUAUGGUGGGUGUCCCCAUGUUUGCUGAUCAGCCUGACAACAUUGCUCACAUGAGGGCCAAAGGAGCAGCUGUGGAGGUGAACAUGAAUACAAUGACAAGUGAAGACUGGCUGAAUGCUUUGAGGACAGUAAUUAAUGAUCCUUCAUACAAAGAAAACGCUAUGAGGCUAUCAAGAAUUCAUCAUGACCAACCUGUAAAGCCCCUGGAUCGAGCAGUCUUCUGGAUCGAGUUUGUCAUGCGCCACAAGGGAGCCAAACACCUUCGGCCAGCUGCCCAUGACCUCACCUGGUACCAGUACCACUCUCUGGAUGUGAUUGGAUUCCUGCUGGCCUGCUUGGCAACAUCCAUAAUCUUGAUCACAAAAUGUUGCCUGUGUGUUUAUCAUACAUUUGGCAAGACAGGAAAGAAGAAAAAGAGGGAAUAG